AUGCCUCACCUCGUCGAAUCUGUGUCAUCCGUCAACGCAAGCCCCUCGGACGGUUCCUUUCACCAGGUCCAAGUUCGUCGCACGUCAUCCUUUCAAGCCGAAACAGCUUUCGCAUCACCACAACGCCGCCACUCUCCAUCCACACCACAUCAAACGCCCAAAAUGUCUGCCGUAGUGGAGAAAGUCACUGACGCCGUUCAUGACGUUACCAAUGCUCUGAGCAAUACUGCCAUCAACGACAAGGCCAACGAGUCCAAACCUGCCGCUAACAACGAGGCUGUUCUGGCUAGCGCUGCGGAGGGCCGACGACUCUACAUCGGCAACCUGGCCUAUGCGACAACUGAGGGGGAACUGAAGGAAUUCUUCAAGGGAUACCUUGUCAGCUUCACCCUCGACUGGGUCAAACUUGGACUUUUGUCCAGACGAGUCCAGCUGUCAACCGUCGUCCCUACCCCGACCUUUCUCGGUGCCGAGAUAUUUGAUGGAUACUACUCGUCUGCAGAGCUGGUAGUCGUGCGACCCGAUGAGGCUGAAUCCGUCUCCAUCCCGAAGAAUCCUCGCACCGACCGACCCGUCGGUUACGCCUUCGUUGACCUCUCCACCCCUACCGAGGCCGAACGCGCAAUUUCCGAGCUUUCGGGAAAGGAAGUUCUCGAGCGUAAGGUGUCCGUCCAACUUGCUCGCAAGCCGGAGCCCGCUGGAGAGAAGACAGAAGGCGGAAACGGAGAGGGUGGUGAGGAGGGCCACCGACGCCGCUCAUCUGGCCGCGGUCGAGGCCGUGGUCGUGGUGGCCGCGGCGCCCGAGGUGGACGCGAUGCAAAGGAUGAGGGAGCUACCGAUUCGGCUGCUGCUCCUGAAAAUGCUGCCCAGGCCACCGACGAAGGGCAAGCAUUGGCCGAUGUCGCCAAUAAAGACGCUUCUGACAAGGCCAAGAAAUCCAACCAGGCUCGUCCUCCCCGUGAGCGGCGCGAGCGCGGUCCUCCUGCAGACGGCAUCGCCUCCAAGACUAAGGUUAUGGUGGCUAACUUGCCCUAUGACCUGACCGAGGAGAAGCUGAAGGAACUUUUCCAGGCGUACCAACCGUCUUCGGCCAAGAUUGCCCUGCGGCCCAUUCCCCGUUUUAUGAUCAAGAAGCUGCAAGCGCGCGGCGAGCCUCGCAAGGGACGUGGCUUCGGAUUCGUCACUCUUGCUUCGGAGGAAAUGCAGCAGAAGGCUGUACAGGAGAUGAACGGGAAGGAGAUUGAGGGACGGGAGAUUGCUGUGAAGGUUGCUAUCGACAGCCCCGACAAGACCGACGACGAUGCCCACGCACCGGAGGAAAAGGCCAACGGCGCUGAUGCUGCUGGCCCGGCUGACGCCCCUGCCGCCACUCCUUCCGCCGAUGCCCCCACCGAGACACCCACCGCCACCACCACCGCCUAGGUUGGUGGGUUCGUUUACGGCUGCCACGUGGUCGGAACCGAGCUAAGGUGCUCUCCUUUGAUGCCUUGACCUCGAACGAAUUAAUCAUGAUACGGCAUUGAUUCGACGAUUUCAUUUUAAUUUUAAGUGUAGGGGUUCGGAAAACCAACAGAGCAGAGGCAUGCACGCACGGGCGGCGGUUAUCGUCUCGUAGGAAAGAUAUAAUAUUUCGACGGGGCUUGCUUGCUCAGCGCCCUGUGCUAGCUAGGACAACGGGUAGUAGUUCUUUAGCGUUGCUAUCUGGACCACAGAACCCGCAAUCCUUGGCACGACUUUGACCCAUUUCAUGCCGCUCAUCAUUGUAUCUGUCACGUCCCUUUUUUCCCUUCUGCUACCCGGACCGGCCCGGUUGUACAUUAAAUUUGUUUUAGUUUCUGAUGGGUAGGCUUAUAUCAUGAGUUGAGAAAGAAAUAAUCGGAAUUCUGGCAAUGCUAUUGCUUUCCUACCUACCUG